UGUUCUUCAUGCAGUUGCUUGGAGACUUUCGGCGCGGCUUCUUAAUUCCGAAAGAAUACUAUCUUUUCUUCGCUAAUUUUCUUUUAUCGUCACUUUAUCAUCAAUUCAUUUGUUUAAUCAACGAAAUUACAAUUUUUGUCUUCGAACGGUAGACAACUCUUUUUAUCGAAAUCAAUAUCCAAUCCUUUUAUCUAUUGCUUUAUUAUCUACGUAUUACAAACGGUGUAUUUUCAAAUAAAAUAAAUAGACAAAAGAAGAAGAAGAAGAAGUACAAUAGGAAGAAGAAAAAAGAAGAUAAGUGCUUUUCGCGAUUUGUUCGACAAACAUUAAUCCAAGAUUAAACGUAGUGUUGUGUUUUCGAUAGUGUUUUUUUGCACUAAUUAAUAACGGAGAUAGAAGAAACACACAAAUUGGAAAAUGGACAAGAUGGACAUUCUGACAAUGGCAUUGGAAGAUGAUCGUUCGCUAUGCUUGCGAACGUAAUCCAUUUGGUGGAUUAUCAUAACGGUCGAUCAUUACUUAAGUCGACGGACGAUUAGAGAGAGAGAGAGAGAGAGAGAGAGAGAGAGAGAGAGAGAGAGAGAGAGAGAUGUCGGGUCUCGUGGAAUGGUAUAAGGAUUUAAUGUACAAUAGAAAUGCUAACACGUUACGUUUUUUAGAUCCGAGAACGAAAGAUUGGUUCUUGAUAUCGGGACCAGGUCCGAUAUUGACCAUCCUCAUUACCUACUUAUACUUUUCUCUAUCGGCUGGACCGAGAUAUAUGAGGGACAAAAAGCCAUAUAAUUUGAAGAAUACGCUGAUUGUUUACAAUUUUAUCCAAGUAUUGGUCAGCAUAUACAUCGUUUACGAAGGUUUGAUGUCAGGAUGGUUCCGCCAUUACAGUUUUUAUUGUCAACCGGUCGAUUACUCGAACGAUCCAGUAGCAUUAAGAAUGACUCGAGGCGUAUACAUGUACUUCGUAUGCAAACUGAUCGAACUACUGGACACGGUGUUCUUCGUUCUACGAAAGAAGGAGAAGCAAAUAUCGUUCUUACACCUCUAUCAUCAUGGGCUAAUGCCUUUUGCCGCUUGGAUCGCCGUUAAAUGGCUACCUGGUGGACACGUGACCUUGCUCGGCGUUAUCAACUCUUUCAUACAUAUCAUCAUGUAUACCUAUUACAUGCUCACUGCCUUUGGACCACAGAUGCAGCCCUAUCUUUGGUGGAAGAAAUAUCUGACGAGUUUGCAACUCUUGCAAUUCGUAAUAAUCGGCAUUCACAGCAGUCUAGUUCUAUUUAACGAUUGCAAUUUUCCAAAAUUCCCGAUUGUUCUCUUGAUCAUCAAUGCUUUUGUCUUCAUAUAUCUCUUCGGCUCGUUUUACGUUACCUCCUAUACGAAAUCUCACAACGUUGAGAAGAAAUAUGAGCAAAACGAUAGUGAGAUAGUUAAAGAUAAAUCGAAUUGAGAAAGUGAAACUCGGAGGGAAAAAAGAUUUAACAAUCUUACAAGAGAAACAAUCUUUUCAAGGAUUAAACGUCGAGAUAUAUAUGCGUGCCUAUUCGACGAGUACAUGUCGAACUUCUAAAAGGAUACUAAAAAGAUAUAAAACCAUUUUUAGGAGAAAAGAAAAAUCAAAUUAUAUUUUAUUAGCUACGGCUAGAUCAGAAUUUCGAUAUUUCGGUAUAAUGAGGUUUAUAAUUAAAUGUUCUUACAUAAUAUUCCUUAGACACUAAUUGGCCAAGUAUCUUAUUAGCCGGGACAACGAAAUCAGAUUAUCUAUUACUAGUCUAAUGACUAACUUCGCGACGUUAUUCGUUUCGUACUUAGAUAACGUUUCGUGCAUACCAUCUAUUGGUUGGACAUUCAGUUACAAUAAUAUUCUUUUAAGGGCGCGAUAUCUUAUAUACAGCAAAUAUGUCAAUUUAAUGUCUUUCAAUUGUACAAUAUUAAUUGGACAAUCAUCGGUAAUAAUUAAACGCAACUUCUUUUUUGCUCUCCUUGACGUUUCAUUGUUUUUCUAUUGCGACAAUUUUUCGUCAUAUCCAUCCUUUUCGCGAUCGAAUCGGAAAAACAAAGGAUAAUUCUACGAUACCAUUUCAUAGGUAGACAAAGCUUUUAAACGACAACCAGAGAUAUGUAAAUACCUCUAUUCUACCUACUCCUGUCCUAUAGCCUGCACGCCAUUUGUUUUUAACCAGGAAGAAGCGAUGGCUAGUGAAGUUAAGUAAUGGAGGAACGGAUUGAGCGAUGGGGGAUAGACGUUGCUCAUGACUGCUUAUGACUGUCGUUACUUAUUAUUAUUAUCAGAAUACUCAACCUGACUUUGGCGUAACUUUACAAACGUAAAUAUAGAAAAAUAAAAUAAAGAGAAUAAAGAGAAAAAUAGAAACGUUAAAAAAUCGUAUUGCGUUCAUCAAAUUGUCGAGAAAUUCUUUAUUUUACGCAAAUAGGAUGCCAUUUUGCAUAAGCAAAAUUUUUACCCUUUUAGAAGUCUAGUGCCAGCCCAACUAGUGUGAGGAACCAUUGUACCGUUUAUGUCGUCGACACUUUCUUAAAAGUAUCUCCCGAUUCUGAUAUCGUUUCUCAGAUAUAUAAACAAUUCGUGAAAUUAUCUGAAAAUAGAUAUUGAAAUUAUUAUUCGAGGAAUCGCUCCAAAAUCGCGACGAUUUUUGUCGUUACAGUUUGUAUGUUUUUAUCUCUCUAUCUAUCGACUAAUAAAUAUUGCAAUUAUUA